AUGAAAAAUACUGUGAUGCAACAAAACCUCAAAGGGGCAUAAGAGGAAUUUCCAAAAACAUUAUCAGAAGAUGACAGACUAGCCCAUCGACGUUAUAAACAAAAAUUAUUAUUCCAAUUUUUUCUAAAGCAACAGCAGAGCAAAACUGCCUGCGCAAGGUAAACUCGACUGUGAAUGUGCAUUCUCCUCGCUCAGAGCGCUCUUUCUCUCUGCACCAUUAUUGCGUGUGGCACAAGCGAAAAUCCCGUUUAGUUCUCUCCCAGCCUUUUCACAUUCUCUUUCAUAAAACACAAUGGUUCUUCUCCUUUCACCAAACCCUGGAAACGGCAACGUCUCCAAUGGCGACCUCACUGAAACGCCUCGUUUUAGCGAGGAUCUCGACUCGACAUGCUCCACUCCCUACGUCAGUGCUCCCUCCAGCCCCGGCAGGGAACCAAGCAACGGCGGUGGAUAUUUCUUCAGUGCACCGGCAAGCCCCAUGCAUUUCGUGCUUUGUUCCGCUCCUUCUGCCACGUGUCCUCACUCCAACUCCACGUAUUUGUCGCUUCAGUCUGACACCUCUUCCGAGUUUGAGUUUACCUCUCGGUUCUCCGGAGGUGGUUUUGUUGCCGUUGGAUCUAUGAGCUCGGCUGAUGAGUUGUUCUUGAACGGACAGAUCAGGCCCAUGAAGCUCUCUUCUCACUUGCAGAGGCCGCAAAAUUUAGCUCCACUGCUAGAUCUGGACUGUGAUGAGGAUGACAUCAGCGAGCAGUACAAUAAGCGACAACAGCCGGUCGAGAGAGGAAGAGAUUUGAAACUACGGAGCAGAUCUCUUCACAGGAAGGCCAGAUCUCUAUCUCCUCUUCGGACGGCAGCGUUUCAGUGGCGCGAAGGAGAUUGCAGUGAAGAGCUGGAGGAGAGUGAGAGCAUUCUGGAAUUUAAGGAUUUUGAAGUCAAGCAAACUGAAACGGUGUCGUGUGAAACAACGCCGUCUGUUUCUGCCUCCUCUUCGAGGUCUUCAUCUUCUGGUAGGAACUCAAAGAAAUGGAUAUUCCUGAAGGAUCUUCUGUACAGAAGCAAAAGCGAAGGGAGAGGGAACGGGAAGGAGAAGUUCUGGUCCUCCAUUUCAUUCUCUCCUUCAAAGGAUAAGAAAGUCUCUUUGCCUUCGCUGUUUCUCUCUAAAACAGAAAGGCCUCGUCCUCUAUCCUCUUCUACCGCAACAGAAACGACGCAGACUCCUCAACAGAAACAUAAGCGAAACGAGCAAGUGUCAAGCAAGAAAUCGUCGUCUACUAAGCCGACGAACGGUGUAUCAAGACGGCGGGUUCCUCUGUCGCCUCACGAGCUGCAUUACACAACGAACAGAGCUCAGGCAGAGGAGAUGAAGAAGAGGACGUACUUGCCGUACAGACAUGGACUAUUUGGUUGCUUAGGAUUCAGUUCGAAGGGUUAUGGUGCACUUAACGGACUAGCCAGGUCGUUGAACCGAGUUUCUUCCAAGUAGACAUCCGUACGUCGUCUUCAAGUUUUGUGUAUAGCUUUGGGUUCCUAUAAUUAAAUUAUCGUUUAUUGCCACAUCAUUGUCUGUGUUGUGUUAAUCUGAGGUGGCUUAGUGUAAUAUGUAUAGUAGCUAUAAGCUGUAUUGGGGAAAUCACUGACCAUUGGUGAAUGGUGAUGUUUUUAUUCUUCAUCUCAUGCUUCAGCUAAUCCGAGAAUUGAUCUAUCUGUAUUUUA